GACCAGCAGCAGGGGCAGCUGCAGUCUCCUGAGAUGGGCAGAUACCAACAGCAAAGUCUUCCCUCAGGACAGCUUUGCCCUGGUUUGAUGGGGAUAGUUAUGGGCUAGGAUAAAACCUGCUUUACCUGGGUGAGCUGCUUCUGUUAACUAAGCACAUCUAGUACCGCGUGGCAGAGGAAUAAUGCUGGCAGAAGAGGGUGAGCACUGGGCUGCGUUCGUAGCCGCUCUUGCGUUUAGUGUAGCCAGUCGCUUUUCUGCACCCGCGGGCCGCCAGAGCGGUCUGCACUGCUUGUGCAGCACCCACAUCUUCCGCUUAGCGCCUGAAUAUUGAUGUCCUGUAGCAUCGUCCUCUUUUCCUGCCAAGAGGCUGAGAUCAAAUCACUGCCUGAGGCCAGCCAACAGAUGCAGAGCACCUAACAGACUGGAGCAGGUGACAAAGCUGGCACCCAAGGAGUGACCUGCGGGGACCCAGGGUGCGGUGCUGAAUACUCAGUGCUCCUGGGCCCGUGGACAACUUCCCUGUCAUCGUAUCUCAUGCAAACAUCAUCCCUCCCUGCAUGGGGAAAGGGCUCUGCAGCCGUGCAGGAUGCAGCAGAGCCCACGUGGGGCCCUCGGCCCACAGCACGUGCAGGCAGAGCUGUGCCUCUGUCCCCACUCCUAUUACUUCUCCCUCGAGCAAGUGUGAAACCUCAGAGCAAGGUGCCAACUCUCACCAGCCUCUCUAGCGCUGGAGCCAGCGGGGCUGCAGCUCUUGCUGCGGAGGAUGUCCUAAAAUCAGCUUGUUCUUUUGCGACCUCGGUUUCCUGACUGAGUGUCUCUGAGGCCAGUGGGUUCACGCUCUGCAGGUGUGAACAAAAGGUGCAACAAAUGGUUGUAUUUGGCUUAUGUGGGGGGAUGUUUUCCUCUUUCCAGGUCAUAGAAGGUUGUUCCAAAGAUCUCUGGAUCCUGCAUGCAUGCUGAGAGGCAACCACAGAGAGGCAGGCGGUUUGGAUCCUCCCAGGCCACGUUCUGAGCCUUCGGGGUGGGUUAUAAGCCAGGAUUUGGUAUUUCUGGUCUCCAGAAGCUGAUGCAGAGCCCAAAGGAGGGCACGAGAGUCUGCUGAGCUGAACAAGGCCAUGGGAAAGCAUAUUCCUGUGGUAAAAAGGCUUCUUGUGAAAAGCAGGAAAUUGGCCACUUAGCCCCAGCCUUGAUGUCCCCUCUCUGCCACCUGUCUGGGACGCUCAGCUUCAUCUGUGGGGCGCCUUGCCUCUGGCUCCUGCCCCAGGGGAAGAUGGCUACAGAAGCAGGCUAGCAGAGGAGCACUGCGGUGAGGUAUGGUGGCGGAUGUGUUGCGGAGACCGUGGCUGUGCUAUGGAGAUGUGGGGCCUCUUUGGCAUCAACCCGGUGGCUGCUGUGUGCAGAGGAGCCUUGGAGAGCAGCUCCCAUGGGUGCCAGUCUGUGACAUGGUGCCCAGGGAUGGCAGCCUGCUGAUAUAAAACUUGCAUUCUCUCUGAAGCUUUUGCCACCACCAAAAGGCCUGAUUUCUCAUGGCUGUUGCAGGACCAUUUCCUUCACAGCACUGAUGCUCUGAACAGGGUUGCAGUUUGAAGCUGUCCCCAGGGAGGUGGUCGCCAGGUGAAGGAGGAGGCAUUUGUGCUUUGUUUUGCCCCUGAUCUGCAGCAAAUUCAGUUCCAGGAAUGAGCAUAUAGAAAGAAGAUCUAAGAGAGGAAUGAAGAGGGAGGCAGAUUUGUCUGCCUGGGAAAAUGGAGCUGAAUUCUCUUUCCUUCGGGCAGAAGCAGAGACCUGGGCUCUGCCUGAUGGCUCUCCACAUCCCUGCUGCAGCCUUGGGGUUGGUGGGCUCCUGAUCACCAUGACUGGCUUUGGCUGCUCACUCCCAAUCCCUGGGAAAUCCUCUGAAUCUGAGCCUGGUGCAGAAUCCCCUAGUUUCUGGAGAUGCCAAGUCAUGGUGCCAACAGAGACAGUGGAUUUAAGGCACAUGAAACUUCCCUCUCUCCACCAAACCACAGCAUGUUGCAGAAGAAGAAAUUACCUGUCUCUCUGCUCACAGAUGCCUGCCACCGAGAUUCCCUCUCCGUCACAGGUGCCAGCUACACCCUCUCACAGAUUACUCCAUCAAAUCACAACUAACUAAACCCAAAACAAUUCUUGCCAACAUAUUUCUAUUUGCUCUAAGACAAGAGAAUGGCUUAUGGGCCUGAAAGCUUUUCUUUUGCAUCUAGAUAGAUGCCCUUUGUUGGGCAAACAAAGGCCAGGGCUGGUGCCUACCUGCCUGGCCAUGCCUGCAGUGAGCGACGCUGACUUUAUGCUUGCACAGAGGAUGUGGCCUAGGGCAGUUCCCAAUUGCGCUGGUAGAAAAACAGAUCUUGAUAACCUGUGUCUGACGCUGCUGAGUUAAAGUUUCUAAAGGCGGGUUUAGGGGGUAGGUGCACGGUGCUCGGUUUCUGGGUCUCUGAGGAGCGACCGGGGAAGCAGUGAGCUCGACGUGCAUGCGUGGCCUCUGUGUCGCCCCCUUGACACUGUACAGGUGAGGAGACCGUGGCCACCCGGGGGCUCACACCUUGCUGGGUCCCCGCUGUGCGCAUCGUGGGGCUGGGGCAGGGGCAUGGGCCCUCGAUGCCAGUCCCAGAUGCUGCAUUGGGGCUGCCAAGAGCGCUGACGACAGCCCGUUGUGACCCCCGCUGCUGUUGCUGCCUCCCCUUGUUGGCAUCCCCCACGGCCUCAGGGUGAGCUGGGGCCCUCAGCCCUGCCAGAGGAGGACACCCCGUCGGGGGACAUUUGCCACGUGCUCUCUUCUGCAGCCUUGCAUUCCCCCUCCCUUAGGGACCCACGCUGGGGUUACAGGGCUGCCGGGCACCUGUGCUGAGGGCUAGCCUGUGGGGCCGGGCUAUCACUAGAGCCCUUUCGCAGGUUGUUUCUGCUUACGUGGUUUGCAGGUGGUGCUUCUGCAGGAGGCGAGAAACCCAGCGCUGCAAGAGGCUCGUGUGCAGCCUGCCUUCUCUCAAGUCGGCUGCAGAUGCCAGCAGCGACUAGACAGGCUGGAGAGGGCCGAGCAACACGCCGGGGCUGAGCAUGACUCUCCUCCUCUCCAAUGCUGUGCUCAUGCUCCUGCUGCCACUGGCUUUUCCUCAAGAGGCUCUCAGAUGUCAUGGGAGCAAAGUGAUGCUCGUGACUGAGGGGGAACCCAUCUCGAUUGCGUGUGCUUUCCACGAGCACUGUGGCACUGAAGAUAUCUUCUAUGAGAUCAUCUGGAGCUAUGAGGAGGAGUCGAGAAGGAUCCUGCAGUUUAGGAUGACUCCUCCCAAGAAUACCUCCAUGGUGUUAUGCAAAGAAGGUCACUUUGGGGGUGAGCUGGAUUUUGGAAGGUGCAUGAGCUUUCUCAACAUCUCAGAAGUGCUUAUAAAUGACACUGGCCGCUAUCUCUGCUACAUGAAAGUAGGGCACAGCAGUCCAAGGACAGAGGUGACGCACCUGCUCGUUAGAGGUCAGCAAACCAGUGCAGCCUCUAAGGGCCUCCACAGCUCUGCACCUCGAGGCAGUGAAGUCAGCUUGGACUGUGAUUUCACCACCAACAUGACCAGCAACUUCACAGAGGUCUUCUGGCUGCAUGAGCGAGAGGAGACCCCACCCCAACUCAUUGCGUGGCACCACAAGUCCAACUGCCCAGAGGGGAACAGCAGUGGGAGUCGCUUCCAGAGCUCCUUAGAUCUGGAAAAUCACCGGAGCCAUCUCACCAUUUCGGGGCUGCAGGACAGUGACAGCGGCUGGUACCAAUGCGAGAGACUUGGGGAGUUUUCUGGCAGGCAGAGAGGGAGGGGAACCAACCUCACUGUGAAGGGCUCCCUGACUGUGCUGCUGGUGGCUUUGGGGAGUGCUGGGUUUGUUCUGGCUGCCUUCUGCCUGUGCCUUCUGCCUCAUCACUUUCCCUGGAAGGAGCUACAGUGCUGGGGGCCAAGGACAAAGGUGACAUCCCAGGAGGGACAAGGAGCUGUGCUGUGUGUCCUCUGCUCAUGGUGAUGCAGAUGGAUUCCCUUCCAAGGUCCCUAGAGAAACCUCCUCUUUUUUGACUGCUGUUUCCUGUGUUUAGCAGGUGUAUCAAUUAAAGCCAUUUGAGGACAGGCUG